CUCCCGCCCGCCGCGGCCCGCCCGGCGGCGGGGCGUCCUCCCCCGCCCGGCUGCGUUGGCAGCGCCCCGGCAGCCGUUAGGAAAGCGCGGAGCCGCCGUGGCGUGAAAAAAUGAUCAUCCCGGUCAGAUGUUUCACAUGCGGCAAGAUAGUUGGAAACAAGUGGGAAGCCUAUCUUGGCCUUUUGCAAGCAGAAUAUACAGAAGGAGAUGCCCUGGAUGCCCUUGGUUUGAAGAGAUACUGCUGCCGCAGAAUGCUCCUGGCCCAUGUGGAUCUGAUCGAGAAGCUUUUGAAUUACGCACCCCUGGAGAAAUGAGAUUUUAAAAGUACUGUGUUGCAAGCCAUGUGGAACAUAACUCUAGUUCUAAGCUUGAAACUGGACUUCAGGCAGUAAAGGAUGAAAGCCACCUGUAGUGCAACCAUUGAGAGAUGUUUACCUUCUGGAGAAAGUACUGCCCCGAGCCACUAACCUCUGCCCAGGAACCAAAGGAAAGAUGAAGUCCAUUUAACCAAGAUUUGGAGAUUAAAUUAAAAGUUUGGAUGCUUUUUUUUUUUUUUUUUUAAAUCUCUGUUUGGAGUUGUUUUGUGAACUUUUAGAUGCUUCUGCCAGCAAAAAUAAAUGUUUGUUCAUGUAGAAAAAUUAUUAUAUUUCAUAAAAAUGUUGAAAUAGAGGCGGUCUUUCCCUGUA